UCACUCUGGAAUUUAAUCAAGAGGACGAUGGAUGAUCACGAGCCAUCAAACAUGAAGCUGAACUGCUUAUUUGUUUUGCACCAGGAGUGACAAAGUUACCCAAAAGCAGCAACAAUGUUCAUUUUACUCAAACAUAAAACUAUAAAUUGCAAAAUUACACAAACUGAUUCAGAAACUGAAGUGCCCUCUCCAUUAUUUUCAGAGCUGUAUGUAUUAAAUUAGAUACAGGUUUAAAACAAAAGGAAAAGAACAACAGCAAACACAUGUUUAUAACAGAGAAAUAAGAGGCUAUUUGUACAACCCUGAUUUCCUCAAGUUAAGUCAGACAAUAUGAGAAAAGGCAGAAAAGUCUGUUUUAAAAGAGAAGAGGGAGAUGUUAGUGUAGAGAUGUGAUAUAAAAAAUAUAGUAAUAUAAUACAGGAAAUUGACAAAUCCUGCACCUAACAGCUGGGGUUAUGCAUAGGACUCAGCCAGGAUCUACUACUCACUCAACUAACAACAAUAGCCAAAACCACCACAAUCUGAUACUGGCUCGACAAGGAUCCAGAAGCACAGCCUAACACUAUGUUCAUGGUCCAUUGCCUCAACUGCCAAGUAACAGACCUACCGAAAAAUAACCUAUGAACAAACAGAAUCCCUCCUUAAUCUAAACUCACUUCCUUAACCUAUGGCAACAACACACUUAGCACAGCACCCUACGUAAGCACAAUCACACACAAUAAAUGACAUUAUAAGUUGCGUGAGCAGAACACAGCAACCACUACCAUCUGAUACUGGCUCGACAAGAAUCCAGAAGCAUAGCGAACUGUGUUCAUGGUCCGUGCCUCAACUGCCAAGUACUCAGACGUCUGCAAAGACUCAUGAGACAAAUUACUACAAGAACAGCAAGACCACACCAAUCCCCUUCAUACAAACUCUAACACAAACUUCAGUGCAAGCUCUUCUCAGGGGUCAUCAGGCAGGCACCUUCCUUCGUCAGUGUUUCACUGAAUUAGGCCCAACAUGAAAAACAAUCUGUAUACUGUUCAGUCUUUAUUAAAGAGUUUCAAGUGUUACCUGUGCUCAUUGUCUCUUAUUGCAAUUCUUAUAAUUAUAGUAAACCCCUAUUUAAGAAACAAAUUAUAGUAACGCAUUUUUACCGAGUAAAACGGGGACUUUUAUUUUGAAACGUGAUUCAGUUGGUCUAAACGCAGUGAGUGUGAGUGUUGUGAUUAUUACUGGUGCUGCUGCUACUGGUGUUGUGAUGAGAUUAUAGUAGUAUAGUGAUGGAGGUGUUCUGCAGGAGGAUGGAGGAGCUACAGAUGAGAAAUGUUGGAAGAUCUGGCUUCAAUCACACACAUCUAGUAAACACCAGGAAGAGUAACACUAUUGGAACCCAGUGAAAAUUCUUAAGAGUAUUGCAUAAAGAAACGGACAUUCAGAAAAUGUCAUCUGAUUCUCUCCACAGUGACACUUCUAACAGAAUAAUGCAGGAAGACACAGAAAUGGAGAUAAUUCACCAAUGCUCUGAGUGUGGAAAGAGCUUUAUUCAAGAGACUGAUCUCCAACAACACGAGUGCGUUCCCACUUGGGAGAAACCGUUUCAGUGCUCAGACUGUGGAAAGAGUUUUAGUAGACUGAAUAAUUUAAAAGAACACCAAAACGUUCACACAGGAGAGAAGCCGUAUCACUGUUCAGAGUGUGGGAAGAAAUUUCAUCAGCUACAAACCCUCAAAGUGCACCGGCGCGUUCACACUGGAAAGAAACCGAAUCAGUGCUCAGAGUGCGGAAUGAGUUUUUUUGACAAACAAAGUCUUCAAGGGCACCAGCGCAUUCACACAGGAGAGAAACCGUAUCAGUGUUCAGACUGUGGAAAGAGUUUUACUCACAAGUGUAAUCUCCAAGUUCACCGGCGAAGUCAUACUGGAGAGAAACCUUUUCCGUGUUCAGAGUGUGAACAGACUUUUACAGAUAACCGUAGUCUCCAAGCGCAUCUGCAUAUUCAUACUGGAGAGAAGCCUUACUGUUGUUCAGAUUGUGGGAAGAGUUUUUGCCAUCUACACGAUCUCAAAAGACACCAGCGCUAUCACACAGGAGAAAAACCAUAUCAUUGUUUAGCGUGUGGGAAAAGUUUUUGCCAACUAUAUGAUCUCAAGAGACACCAGCGCAUUCACACAGGAGAAAAACCCUAUAAAUGUACAGACUGUGGGAAGAGUUUCCGUCAGCCAUGUGCUCUCCAAGCUCACCAGUGCAUUCACACCGGAGAGAAACCGUAUCACUGCUUAAAUUGUGAGAAAAGCUUUACUGACAAGCGAAGUCUGGAAGCGCACCUUAGUGUUCACACUGGAGAGAAACCGUAUCGUUGUCCAGAGUGUGGGAAAGGUUUUACCAACAAACGUAAUCUCCAAGUGCACGAGCGCAUUCACACUGGAGAAAAACCUUAUAACUGCUCAGUGUGUGGAAAGAACUGUUGUCGUCUACAAGACCUUAAAAAACACCAGCGCAUGCACACAGGUGAGAAACCGUAUCAGUGCUCAGAGUGUGGGAAGAGUUUUAUUGACAAGCGGAAUCUCAAAGUACACCAGCAUGUUCACACUGGAGAAAAACCUUAUAAGUGCUCAGAGUGUGGAAAGAGUUUUACUGGCCAACGCAAUCUCCAUGUACACCAGCGCGUUCACACUGGAGAGAAACCGUAUCACUGUACAGUGUGUGGUAAAAGUUUUGGUCAACUAAGUACUCUGCAAAGACACCACCAAGUUCACACAGGAGAAAAGAACAUAAUGGUGCUUAGAGUGUGUAAAGAGUUUCAUUGACAAGUGUAACCUUCAAAAGCAUGCAUUUACUCUGAAGAUAAACAUGAAGAAGUUGUAAAAACUGUUUUUUUGUUUUGUUUUGUUUAAACAAAUACAUCACCCCACAAAUUUGUGGUCUGUUAUCCUGCUAUGUUAGAACUGAAAACUUCACUCACUACUGUCAUCCAUUUUCCCUUCUACUCAGCAUUGCCUUUGACAUAAAGUCACGUGAAAGCUGUUGUGGAAUUCCCGGUGUAACUGGCAAGCGAUGGCACUACACAGCAACAAAGGUGCUGUUAUUAUGAUCCAAGGGUCGAUGAUUCAAAUCCAGGAUUUAAAGGAUUGCUGCACAGUUAGCCGUGAUGGCAUAAUGUAUGGGAGCUGGGGUUCUGAUCUUUUCUCCUAGCUAGCUGGCUACCAAAUGAUGCUGCAUCAGCGGGAGUUCAAAAAUAUGUCGGAGGACUAUAAUGACCCUGAUUAUGUUGGAGUUCAAAAAUGGUCAGAGUAUCUUGUUGUUUAUCUUAAUGAGCAAAUGGUGCAUUCCGUUCCUCAAGUUAAAGAGCUUGCAGAUUAUUAUUUUUUUAAAUAUUUUUUUAAUUGAGAAAAAAAAUGCAUACAUGCUUUGUCAUAAGACACAAUGCAAAUGAGAAAUUAUUAUCGCUGAACAGAAACAACCUCAAUUUUUUUUAUUCUCCUACCUGUAAUCCUUUCCCUCCCUCUCAUAAUGUCAGUUUACUCACUCACACAAACAAACACGCAAACACAACAGGACAAAAAGAGUUACCUCUCUGAGUGAGUCUAACUUUCUCCAAUUAAAGGAAAUGAAUCAUAUCGCGAAGCCACAUUGAAAAUGAGGCAGGUUUUGAAGACCUCCAAAGCAAAAGAAUACAGCGUCUUGCUAUUAAUGAUGAAAAACUGUUUGUAGAUGAAUUUGUGUUUACAUGCAAAAAUGUGUUCCCUUCACCCCCUCGUCAAGAUUCUAAUCCAAAAAGGCCAUUUUCUCCCAAAAACUUUUAAUAUUCUGUGCAAAAAAGCCAAAUUCGGCUUGAACCGUUUCAACCCGCUCACCUGAUAGUUUUUUACUAGUCUUCACCCUCCUAUUUUUGGCAUUGCUAGUAAAAAGGAAGUGAACAGUGAUUGGGUAAUUGACCUUCCAAAUUACAGAAAAAAUGGGGCAAAAUUACAACAACAUCAAAAAAGAAUUGUAGAUAUAGCAAGUGAACAAAAGUGAACGAAAAUCUUGCACAAAGUUGAGGCACUUUAGUCCUUACAAGCAAGCUUGCAGCAACAUAAUUGACCAUGCAGAGAGAAGACACUGACUCUAACUCAGCACAAGGCCCUACAUACACACGCAAGGUCAACUUGAGCUUAUUCUUAAAAGAGCUUCAAUAACUAGAACAGUAAAUAUAAUAUAAUAAAGUAAAUAAAGGACAUAAAAGAAAGACUUUACUAAAUCUACAAGAGAGUUGAUGACACAGAGGAGCGAAUUAACACUCCCAAAACUCAAAUUCAGUCUACAGAGACUGGUGUGAAGCUCCAGGUUUAAAUGGAGGCCAAACUCAUUAAAAUUUAUACACGGUAAUUUGUUUAUUUUUGUGAUAUUGAACGAUUGUUGCAUGAGAUAAACUGAUGGAUAUGGAAAAUGUUUUUUUUAUUAAAUAAGAAAUUUGCAAUGUAUGGAAAAAUAAAUGAAUCUGUUUUUAAUAAAAAUAUUUUCUUGUUUCAAUAUUUCAAUGUGUUAUCUGCUAUAGU